CAUGGUCAAGGGCGAGCCUGGUCACGGCAGCGAGGCAAAGCCCGACACGAGCAAGCACGAGCUCACGAUCCAGUUUGGCGCCAACGAGGAGAGCCUCACCAUCAAGGUCAAGGGCACCGUCCGCUUCCAGAAAGUGUACAAAGCCGUCGCAGACCACCGCGGACGACCUGUCGACAGCGUCCGGCUCACGUUUGACGGCAAGCGCAUCGACGUCAACGACACUCCUCAGGGGCUCGGCAUGGAAGAGGAAGAGACCAUCGACAUGCACACGGAGCAAACCGGCGGCGGCCGACGACUUGCAUGACCUCGCUUCGCAGAUCCCGCCUCGCCAGAUCGACCUGCGACCCUCCUUUGCCGACCGUUCCCUCUCUCCCCUCUGUGUUCUCGCCUGUUCUCCGAUGUUUCGGGCUCUGUCGCUCUCGCACCUGCAACCUACUGUGUACUGCCUC